AUGGCAAAAGAAUCGACCUUAUCGGUAAAAUCUGCUGGCUCCAUUGAUUUCACUUUUAUGUCUCCACGAUUCUCAACUGAAUUUUCAGAGGAUAUUUCAAAUGGUAUUGCUUACCUAGAAGAGCACGGUUAUGUUGUAUGGAAAGAUAUAGCGAACGAAAAUGAAAUUAAGAAAGCGUACGAUUUAUUUUGGGAUUGGGCUGAACAAUAUGGUGAACAUGACAUAUCACGUUAUAAUGUUGCCAGUUGGAGGGAUCUUCCAUGUAAUAAUCGAGGUAUUAUAUGGAAUGGUGGCAUUGGUCAGUCACAUUUCUUAUGGUAUAUACGUGGUUUGCCCAAUGUGAAAAAGGUAUUUAGUACUAUAUGGAAUGAUGACAAGUUACUUGUUAGUUACGAUGGAUGUAGUGUAUUUCGACCAAGUGCAUAUAAUCCUACCUGGCAAACAGAAGGUGGUUGGUAUCAUGUUGAUCAGAAUCCUAAGGAAAAGCCCGGCAAGGAAUGUAUACAAGGGCUAUUUUCAGUAUUAGAUCAAAAUGAAACUACAGGUGGUCUCGUUGUGGUUCCUGGUUCUCAUAAGCAUUUCGCAUCCCUAAGGUCAAUUACACGUGAUCCGAUCAGUGAUCUUGUUGAAAUUCCAUCUAAUCACUGGACAAUUCAACGACCAAAGCCAAGAUUAGUAAAAUGUAAAGCUGGCGAUCUAGUGCUAUGGGAUUCACGGACAAUACAUUGUAAUUCACCAGCUUUAGUUAAUAAUCCUUCGUCGAUUUCACCGGCUCCCGAACUUAACCGUCUCAUGCGUCUAGUAGCAUACAUUUGCAUGACACCUGUAAGUAAAGCAGGUAGCAUGAAAGACUUAGCGGAAUUAAGAGAAGGCCGUUUAGAAGCCGUACAAAAAGGUAUUACUACUAACCAUUGGCCACAUGAAUAUUAUGGUGGUUGUGAGCCGAGCAGUAAUGAAAAGAAUCCACAUGUCCAAUUAAAUGAACAACAAAUGAAUUUAGUAGUGGGAAAAUGA